CUAAAAGAAAAAACACGUGAGAUAGCACUAUUCAAUUUACGCAAGCUAAGCUUUAAAGCUAAGCUUUAAUCUCUUCUAACUUGGAUCAUGGAUCUCAGAACAAUAUCUAAGCAGCUGUCCAUUCUUGGGCUUCUAUACUUUCCUGCUAUUCAAUAAGUCAUCAUGAGAAUCCGAGGUCAUAGCGCGGCAGACCUGCGACGCGUCACUACCAUUCUACAACCCAUCAUCAACGCGCGACCUCCCACCUUUUUACUCCGAACUCGGCCUUCGCUAUUAGCAUCCCUCAAAACUCCCUCUCUACAGUAUGGCACGCGAUUACUGCAUUCCCAGCCUCCCAGGCGUGCUAGCACAAGCCAAGGAGAAGCCUCCAACCCUGCUAUGGCAUUUCCUUGCCUCGAUGCGAUAGAGACACGAUCGGCGACGCUGGAGGCGAAAUCUCUCUCGACGGGGCCGGAGCCCGCAUAUACCACCGGAGCCACCGAGGUAUUUCAUUGCGAAGAUCCUCUCUCGUUAGACUGGGGAGGAAGACUACCGAAAUUCGAUGUCGCCUACGAAACAUGGGGAAAGCUAAACUCAGACAAGUCCAAUGUGAUAUUACUACAUACGGGUCUAUCAGCUUCGUCGCAUGCCCACUCGACCGAGAGCAACCUUCAACCUGGAUGGUGGGAGAAGUUUAUCGGCCCAGGGGCCUGUCUCGAUACGGAUAAGUAUUUUGUGAUAUGUACAAAUGUCAUUGGAGGCUGUUUCGGAUCCACUGGGCCAAGCAGCAUUGAUCCUGCUGACGGUCAGAGAUAUGCCACUCGAUUUCCAAUACUUACGAUGGAGGAUAUGGUGAGGGCACAGUUCCGGCUCUUAGGUCAUCUAGGUGUUGAGAAACUAUACGCAAGCGUUGGGUCUAGUAUGGGAGGAAUGCAGUCUCUGGCAGCCGGUGUACUGUUUCCUUCACGGGUGAGCCGUAUAGUAUCCAUCAGCGGCUGCGCACGAAGCCAUCCCUACAGUGUUGCAAUGCGUCACACGCAGCGGCAAGUGCUCAUGAUGGACCCUAACUGGAAUCGCGGGUUUUACUAUGGCAAAGUCCCGCCGCACGCCGGGAUGAAGUUAGCCAGAGAGAUCGCCACGGUGACAUAUCGGUCCGGACCCGAGUGGGAGCAACGGUUUGGUCGUAGGAGAGCUGACCCGACAAAACCGCCUGCAUUAUGUCCGGAUUUCUUAAUUGAGACAUAUUUAGACCAUGCGGGCGAGAAGUUUUGUCUGACAUAUGACCCAAACAGCCUCCUAUAUGUCAGCAAGGCCAUGGAUCUAUUUGACUUGGGUCUUGAAAAUCAACAGGCAGCCACCCAACGACGAGCCGAGCGUGAGAGGCUCAUUCAAUCCGGAUCAUCCCCCGAAACAAAUGACCGGUAUUGUAGCCUCACAUUACCCGACUCGCCGUAUUCUGAGCAACCUGGAACAUACGUAGAUGAUUCCAGUUCACCCAUACCAGGCGACUCCCGUCCCCCUCAAGAUUUGAUUGAAGGUUUAUCGCCGCUGAGGGAUACCCCAACCCUGGUGAUGGGCGUAGCAAGCGACAUCUUGUUUCCCGCUUGGCAGCAACGAGAAGUUGCCAAUGCUAUUCGCCUCACCGGCAAUAGAAACGUAACGCAUGUAGAGCUAAGCGAGGAACAGAGUCUGUUUGGCCACGACACAUUCUUGCUGGAUCUGAAAAAUGUUGGAGGUAAUAUUAAAAACUUCUUAGGGUAGAACUAGAAGCGAGGUAUCUACUAAUAGAUCUGCUUGUACUUGGUACAGACUUACGUCACGCUCGGGUUCGGGGUUUUGCAUACGAUGGCGCAGAGAUUUUCAAGGAGUCAAAGCAUCAAUGGACAGGAGUGCCAGUGUGUUACACCGUGUCUGCCUAAAUGCCUAAUAUAUAUCUACAUCUACACCUAAGGUAUGUAUAAUAGAUGUGUAAUACUUCAAUGUAUUGUCAUAAAUCUUAAAACCCAGGUACUUAGGUAGGAGUGUAAUGAAAGUGACAGCCCAUUUUCAAUACGUAUAGGAAAAAGCAAGUCGACGGGUCAACAGAUCUCACCAAUGAGUAAUAAGAUCCAAAAGGCGCAGUGCAACCAGCUUU